AUGUCGGCAGAAUGGAAAGUGGAUCCAGACAACCGCAGAAGGCUUUUGAAGCUACAGAAAUUGGGCGGAAACAAGAAAUGCGUUGAUUGCAGCGCACCAAACCCGCAAUGGGCUUCUCCCAAAUUUGGCAUUUUCCUGUGUUUGGAGUGUGCAGGCAUUCACAGAGGAUUGGGAGUGCACAUUUCGUUUGUGAGAUCGAUUACAAUGGAUCAGUUCAAACCAGAAGAGCUCGAAAGAAUGGAGAAGGGCGGGAACGAACCUUUCACCGAGUAUCUAACCAGCCACGGGGUCGAUAUCAAAUUGCCCCCCAAAAGCAAAUACGACAACCCGAUAGCAGCAGAUUACAAGGAGAAGUUGACCAGUGUCGUCGAGGGCACCGAAUGGGUCGAACCAGACCGGUCUGGAUUCGACGCGUCGAAGUUGGGCGAGGGCUCUGACGCAUCGACGACAAGUGUGUCCAAUUCGACGUCGCAACCGGGACGUUCCCAAGGCGCUACGCCUCUCGGCUCGCGACGCGGUACGCCACAACUUGCUGAUAACCAGCGAGAGAAAAAUGAGGCCUACUUUGCAGAAUUGGGCAGGAAAAACAUGACCAAAUCGGAUGCGUUACCACCGUCACAAGGGGGUAAGUACCAAGGAUUUGGUAACACACCGGCGAAUCCGCAACAGCCCGGAAACGGUGCAGCGAAUCCAUCUGGAACGCUUUCGCUAGAAAACUUUCAAAAAGAUCCUAUGGGCACUUUUUCUAAAGGUUGGAAUUUGUUUUCCAGUGCCAUUUCCAAGAACCUUGAGGACGUAAACGAGGGUGUCAUCAAGCCUGGAAUGCAACAGAUGCAAUCGCGUGACUAUUCAGAGGAAGCCAGAAGAGCGGCGACUCAAUUCGGACAGAGAUUCCAAGAAACUUCUAACUACGGCUACCGUGCGUGGUCUAAUUUCACUAAGGGAUUGCAAGAACAGUAUGACCAAGGUUCACAGUCGGCGGGCGCGGAUUCUAAGUACAGUAAGCUGUUUGACGGUUUUGACGCUCCUACGCCUGAACACGCUGCUUCUGAACCCACAUUGAACAAUAAACCUCACAACGAGUCUAAAGAUGAUGAAUGGGAACAGUUUUGA